ACAAACAUUCGGCGCUCAACUUGACUUCUGGUUCAAAUAUUUUACCCUCUCCACGAUGGCAGACACCCCUGAAUUCACUGACGCCGUGGAGAAGGUGGCGCGGGAGGUGGUUUGGGCCCUCAUCAUGAAGCAGGACUGGGAGGAGGAGGAGAAGGAGAAAAUACACAAGGAGUACAUAGCGGAGUUUGGCGCUGUGCUGCAGGAGAUGAUGCCAAUGGUGACGCCUCUUUAUCUGGGCAGAAAACCCACUGUGGCAAGAAGCACUGAUGAUGAUAAUGGAGAGGCGCUGGAGGAAGCCAAGGUGCGACACGAGGCAACCAUCAUUGCCAUCACCAAGAAGAGGAAGGAAUACCCACAUUACUUGUCCAAGCUCCUUGGCAAGACCACCAGACUCAAGAAGGAAACUGCGGCAGUGAUGAAGGUGGACAUGCAACUACCAGAGCCCAUGGAGGGAGUGGGGACAGCAGUGGACCUAGACAACACAUACUGGGAUGUCCUGAAGGAGGAGGUAAAUGACAACCUCAUCGAGUCCACUAACAACAUUCUGAUGGAUGUGGAGCGCCUCUCUGGCCUAGUGGACUUUGCCAGGGUCAGCCGGCAGAUGGACUCUUUCUCUAUCUUUGAUGAUUUCAACUCCUACAGGGCCACCAAGUCUUCAUAAUCUAUUAUCUGCCUUAAGUUUUAUGGAUGCAUAUGUGUGUAUGUGUGUGUGUGUUUGUGUAUGUCAUCACAGGUAAUCUUUUAAUUUUCCUCUCUGACAUCUACUGGACCACUACACUGAUAAACACUAACCCCAUCUGUUUAGGACUCUGAACACUUGACAGUCUUACAGGUGUGUGUGUGUGUCUUCCAUGGUAGUCUUUUUCAUUCUCCUUUUUUGGCAUCUCUGAGCACUUGACUGUCUUACUGAUUUGAGCAUCAUCUCUUCUGUGGCACAUCUGACUGUUUUUCUUCUCUGUAGUCAUUACAGAAACCACCACCAAGUUCCCACAAUGCACUGUGUAUGUAGAACUGAACACUUGGUUGUCUGGCAAAUGCAUAUGUUAAACUCUUCCAACAAUUUUUUUUUCCAUUAGACUUCAUUGUUUCUCUUUGAUGUGUAUAAUACCACCAAACAUUGACAAUACAUCAGCCACAUCCAUCAAGGACCCAGAACACUUGGGCAGUCUGGUAGGGAUGUGUGUGUUUGUCGUCUCUUUUAUGGUUGGAGUUCUUUGUUUCUUCUUUGUGACACCUUGAGAAUCACUAAAUUUUGACAUGAUACAGACCACAUUUAUCUACAGCCAAGAACUCUGAUACUGAUAUGAAUGUGUGGGUGUGUUUUCUCUAUGGGUAAUCUUUCCAUAGAGGUAUAUUUGGCUCACUUCACAGUUUCUUUUUUAUCUUUGACCACUGUAAGGCCACCCAGGCUUGACAGUACACCAGACUAGGGACUAAAGGGCUUGACAGUCAGAUAAAUCAUGGGUAAAUUUGUAUCUGUGUGAAGUUCUUUGAAUGAUCUUUCCAGUCUGACUUUUAUUUUAUUGCUUUUCUGAGUUAUUGUUCUUUUUAUCUUCUGUCUGGCUGACUCCUAAGUAUAUACAGUAGAAUGUACAUUUGUGUCUUUAGUAAAACAUACAUGGACAUUUUGGUAUAAAGACCACAUAAGGAUGUUUGUGUUAAAUGAACUGUAUAUAUGUGUCUUGUGAAUAAGUAAAAGUUGAAAAGUUAGUGAAAUUAUGAAAACUGUAAUAUUUGGAGAUGGAGCAACUCAGCCUCAUAUUUUGAAAAAACUUUAUAUGACCAAUUGUGUGAACCACUAAUAAUAAUUGUUUAUAUAUUUA